CGUCAGCCUCUUCCGCUCUCUUUUCGUUGAGGCUCAGCUAGCGGCCGGCCUGCAAACAUGCAGAUCUUCGUGAAGACGUUGACGGGGAAGACCAUCACCCUUGAGGUUGAGCCCAGCGACACUAUCGAAAAUGUCAAGGCAAAGAUCCAGGACAAGGAAGGAAUUCCUCCUGAUCAGCAGCGUCUGAUCUUCGCUGGCAAACAGCUGGAGGAUGGACGCACACUGUCUGACUACAACAUCCAGAAAGAAUCCACUCUGCAUCUGGUUCUACGUCUGCGUGGUGGCAUCAUUGAGCCUUCACUCAGACAGCUGGCCCAGAAAUACAACUGCGACAAGAUGAUCUGCCGCAAGUGCUAUGCACGUCUGCACCCCCGUGCUGUCAACUGCCGCAAGAAGAAGUGUGGACAUACCAACAACCUUCGCCCCAAAAAGAAGCUGAAGUAGACAUUUUGACUGAAUUGGCGCUCAGUGCCAUUUUGUGUUAAAAUAAAUGUAAGAAAAUGG